CGAAUAAACCGUGACGGUCCUAGUCUAUAUGUUUAAGUAGCAGCUUAACAACACUUUUUUGUCAUCAUGUCUCGAUUACCGCUUCAAUCUAAAGCCAUUCGACCCAAGUUUCAAAACAGACGUGCCAUUUUUGGUGGCGAUGAAGACGAGGAAGAACAAGUCAACGACGAACGCGUCUUGGCUAUUGAAGAUAACCAGAUAAAAGAGUAUGUAGAGAUUCGCUUCUUUGUAUAUAUACUUAUGUUGUAUAGGGCCGAACCAAAGAAAGAAGUAAAACCUCUUAGCAUAUCUCCUCUACCUAACGUUGACUGGAGAGCAAGUGCUAAACAAAAAAAGGAACUCUUCUUACCUGCGCGGGCGCAGCAGCAGCAACAACAAGAACAACAGCAAACUAAUUCGGGGCCAGAAGUGCUUGGACAAACCACUACUUCUUUUGGUUUGCAGAUACAAACGAAGAAAACAUUACAAGUAGUGCAUAGCAACGGUAACCUGGAUACUGUAACUCAGACAGAAGUGACAAGCGAUGCGAUGCAGUCAGAGCCUGUUCAAAAAACCUUAGAAGAGCGUGCAAUGGAAGCAAUUAUCAAAGAAUCCUUGGGAGAAGACGAAGAAGAAGACUCAGGUCCCAAGAAAGUCAUCCCAAUGAAUGAAACUAUUGUUUUUAGAGAGGAUGUAGAGAAUAGACCCGAUGAAACAAGCAUGGAAGAUUAUGAGAACAUUCCUGUUGAUGAGUUUGGUGCUGCUUUGUUACGAGGCUUAGGUUGGAGUGAAGGUGAAGGCAUUGGAAGAAAUAGAAAGAAUUCACCAGCUCCUCCACCUCCUCCAGUCAAACAAAGAGAGGCAUUGCUUGGGUUAGGUGCUAAACCAGAAGAAGUAGACACUCAAGAUCGACGACAGAAAGCAAAGAACAGACGUGAAGCUUACGAAUAUAAAGACACAAGCUUAUUUAAAAAGAUUUCAAAAAGAAGAGUAGAAGAUGCACUCAUUGAUACUGAAAGAAGUAGAGACAGUAGUCGCAGUAGUCGAGAUAGUGAUCGUUCUUCUCGUAGACGAUAUGAUGAUGAUUAUGAUGAUAAAAGUAGAAAAAGAAGUAGUAGCAGUAGCAGCAGUAAACGAAGAAGAAGUCGUAGCAGUGAUCGUCAUAGUUCUAGUAGACAUCGACAUCGACGUAGUCGUAGUAGAUCGCCUUCAAGGGACUCUUCCAGACAUAGCAGUCGAUCUUCACGAAAAUAAAUGAAAUUAUUGCAUAAAUUCCUCCAUUGUUCUGAUGUAACAAUUUUGAUUGGUGAUCUCUUGAUUGCGAAAUAGAAUCUUUGGAACAUGGCAAAUACGCUGGUUUUUUAGGCUGUGUUUCAAAGUAAGAAAGUUGUUAUUUCAAAGCGAAUAUUGCGCCAUCGAUUUGUAUGAUUACUCAAUGAAUGAUUAAUUUUUUUUUCUUAUAAAUACAAGACUCUUCUAC